AUGGAGAAACGUGUUCAGUUAAUUAACGAAAUGGCUAAACUUACUAUACAAACUAGACAUUUCCACGAUAUUCAAAUGGAAAUUAUAGAGAGAACGAAAAAUAAUUUACCAGAUUGCUUGCAUGGAUUUGAUAUACUGUUGAAACGAGACUUGACUAAUGUAUCCGGUAUUUGUGAUUCACUUGAAAAUUUAACAGAGGAAUAUAUUCAAACUGUUAUUGAAGAACAGUUGAAUCUAUUUGAACCAGCGCAUAUGAUGAGUAUAUUAAAUUCAACGCGAUUACUUGAAAAUAGUCAAGAUAUACAAUUGCCUGAAAAGAUUUUAUCCAGUGAAAUUUAUGCAAAAAAUAUUCAUUUUGGUCUUGAAGAAUAUUUACAAGCUAAAAUUAAUUAUUUUAUAGGAAUUAUUAAUUUAAAGUAUACAAAUUUAAAUCGAAAGACAAAUAUUCCUACAGAUUGCGAAAAUCAAGUACAUUUAAAUUAUGAUAAGUUAUCAACUGUUGAAACUAUUCAUAAACAAUUUUACCAUCUUUGUAGAGAUUUUAUGUCUUGUGAUUAUAAAGAUGUUAUCACUGAUUUAAUUCAGUCGACUAUUGUAAAUUCUAGGGGAAAAUAG